AUUGGGAGUGUUGACGAGCUCGCGAAAACCGGUUUUUGUGUAGCGGGAGCAUGCACGCAAGCUUGCAUGUGCCGAGCUAUAGUAGCGGGUUCGUUGCUGCAACCGCUUGUAUGCUCUCCAAUGCAACCGUCGGCUUGAUUUGUGUUUACCUUUUUUUACUUUCCAAACAAAUUUUACGACCGCUUACCUCAAACUACUCGCUAAAGUGUUCAGAAAUGCCUAAAUCGUCAUUUGGUGGCAGCAAUAUGCGCAUUAGCUGGUGUGUUUGUUUUUUCCAUUCCCAGUCCCAGCAUGGUCACCAUGGUAACUUGAGGCUGGCAACACACCGACCAUCGCAGGGUCAGCUCCAUCGCAACCCUCGGCCAGUGCGGACAAAUCAAUAAUGGCGUUCCGGGAUGUACGAGAUCUGGCGGAGCAGCUGAAGCUUCUCGGCUACCCGAACAGCAUACCGAUCUCCGUGCUCAGUACACCGUACGGUGGGCCGGAAAGCUUCAAAGCGUACUCGGACGUGCUGCAGUGGCUGAUCAACCGGCUCGAGCCGAACCUGGUGCUGGCGGGCGGGACCCGCACCGAGCAGGAGCGCAUCCAGUUUGUCCGGUCGGCGACCGAGUUCCUCGUGACGCGGUCCAGCAUCAAGGUGAACCCGCGCAAGCUGUACGCGAGCUCGGUGGCAGCGGCCAAGGAGCUGCUGAAGGUGACGGCCCUGCUGCUCUCCUCGCCCAAGGUGACCGGGCAGGAGGAGGAGCUGAUCAAGUCGCACGUCGAGAUCGACCUGUCGGACAAGCUCGACGAUCUGAAGAAGGUGCGCGGCCUGUCGUCCGAGCUGACGAACCGCGGGGCCGCCCUGUACGAUCUGCUGCAGAAGGAGCUGCUCAACCGGGAGGUGCGGAACGUGCAGUCGACCCGCUCGCUCGAGCUCGGUGCCACGGAGAAGAUCAUCAAGGGUGCGAUCGGGUCGCUGCAGUCCCGGCUCGCCAGCGCCCGGGCCGCGCUCGACGGGCUGCGGGCGGACAACGCGAACCUCGCGGCCAAGAGCGCGCGCAAAGCGUCCGAGCUGGAGCGGUCGCGCCAGCGGCUCCAGGCGCUGCAGAAGGUGCGGCCGGCCUACCUGGAGGAGUUCGAGAAGCUCGAGCAGGAGCUGAAGGCCCUGUACGAGCAGUACAUCGUGCGGAUCCGGUGCGUGGACGCGCUGCGGUCGCAGCUGAUCAGCAAGAAUCGGACGCCCACACCGACGUCGCCGGUCGCGCGGAUCGCCGACAGCAGCAUGACGAUCCUGCCCGAGGGGCUGAUCGAGUCGGAGGACGAGAACGAGGAGGAGGACGACUUUGACGAGCGGGACGACGUGAAGCUGCGGACGGAUCGGCGCGUGCUGCGCAGCGAGCUGCUGAACCGGGAUCACCGCGGGUCGACCCGGUUCCGGUCGCGCAUCGAGGGCGCCUCGCCGAGCGGCAAGGAGCGGUCGAAGAUGAUCGGCAGCAUCGAGGACGAGCUGGGACCGCUCGACAGCUCGAUGAGCUCGGAGGAGUCGGAAAGCGAGCUCGAGAUGGGCGGCAAUCGGUUGAUCGAUGGCAGCCUCCGCACCGAUGACGACGAGGACGAAAGCUUGGCUAAAAUGCCCCGCGAAAGCUCCACCAUCAACCGUAGCGCAAAGGUGGACCUAAGCGAUGAGGAUUUUUAGAUGUUUUUAUGGAAUCGCUUUCCCGUUUCGGACACUCCCAGUGCUGCAAAAUGUCACUGUCAAUGUCAUGAAAAAAUCUGACUGAAACAAAAUCCAUGUCAGCGUCACGUACUCAAUUGUGAUUAGAAGUGAUACUCAAAAUGAUUGGUGUGAUCAAUGCAUGGCUCGUGGCAUUUUUGUGACCAUCGCUUGGUCAGUCACUAUGUCAUGACUUGUUUUUCAUCAUAUCAGCGUUACGUGCUCUACUGUGAUGAUCAGAGGCGAGACAGUUGGUGCGACCAUCACAUGCUUGGCGACAUUGUGUGCAGCCAACUCUUGGUCAGUCACUUGGUCGCGACGUAUUCUGUCGGUGAUCAUCCCGUUGGUCAUGGGACGUAUGCGGUACGCAGCGAGUGAUUCCAAGCAACAAAAUGAACAUGGUUUCUCGCUCUGUUUGACCCGACAGACAAUCAAAGCUGACAGAGCGAGAAAGAGUGCCCAUUUAGUUGCUUAGGACCACACGCCAAGUAUAUUCCAAGAAUGUCGUGACCAAGUGAGUGAUCAAGAGUUGGGUGCUACAAAAAGUGUCACCAAGCAUGUGAUUGAUUCACCCACUGUAUGAAUCUCACUCUCUGGUCAUCACAGUUGUGUACGUGAGCUGAUUUGAGUUUCGUUUUUAGUCAUGAGUGUUGGUGACUGAAACAGUGUUAUUGACAGCACUGGUCACAGCCAGAAAAAGUCAUGAUUAUGCUUGUGAGUCAGAGUGUCGCGAUUGACUCAAGCACUCGCAUGUCGUGUUCGACAUUUCAUGACGCGUUUUCAUCGAGUAUCAGCAAUGAACAUCAAGCUACCAUGGAUAUGUUCAUUGUUUUUGUUGGUAAAUCUCUCGUGAUGAUCAUGACAUUUUGCAGCACUGGGCAUAAUAUUGCAACAUCCAACAAAACACAAAGCAUGCACAUUGCACUUAUGGACGGUAAACAACGGUAAAACAUAGGUUUAUACAAAUACUAUACAAUAGAGGGAAAAACAAACUCACACACACACAUACAACACACACUCACACAUUUACAAUGUAGUGAAUAACAGGAGGUUCGACUAAAACGACUAAAAUCUGCUUGA